AUGACCCAAAAAGACAAAAUAGCCUCCCCUCAACUAGGCUGGAUCUGGCCCAAAGAUCCUCGCCCCGGAAACCCCAAGAAAUGGCCCCGACACUGGCGCCUUCUAGACGUCCUACAGAACAAAGGACCGGACAUAUAUGUGGGCGUAAUCAAGGACUCCAAAUCCAAAUCCAGAGCCAAUCCCAAAAAGGAGAACGACGACAACGACCCCUACAACCACACCCACCCAUAUUCUCGAUCCCAUUCAGAAUCAAAAUCAAAGACAGCCCCCAGCAGAAACCAAUGGACUCGCUGGGGUAUCGACCCGAAGAACGAAGAAGCAGAGGCAGCAAACUACAGCCCCUUACCCUGGGUAAAGCGCAAACCUGGCGAACGAUACGAUUUCCGCACGAGGAAGUAUACCAUUCCGAACCGGGCGACAUGGAGUCGGGUUGAGUUUUGUAAUGGGCCGAGCGAGAAGGGGAGAUGGUAUGAACGGUGUGAGGUUCAUCGGGUUCCGAGGCGGUAUUGGGAUCCUAAUGGGGAGCUGUAUCCGGCUGAGAAUUGGCAUGAUGAUAUUUACGGGUCACAUCGGGAUUAG